AGCAUCCAGAGGGAGCUUACGGCUUCUCUGGGAGGCUGCCUUGCAAAUCCCAGGGCAGGUUGGAGCCCGCAGCCUGUCCCUUUGUGAAUACAGCACUGUCCUUGGCUCUGGGGCUCUGAUGCGAUAGCAGCAGCAACAGGAGGCACCUCCCCAGGGGCCUUUUUCUGGGAAGCCUGAUUAAUGUCUAACUGGGAGCCUGCCUGCCCGCCCGCCUGUACCCAAGGGCGCCCCGAGCGUCGCCGGUCAUUGCCGUCCCACCAUGGCUGCCAUCGCUGUCUUCCUCCUGGCUGGGCUUUUGCUGGCUUCGCCCUCCUGGGCCCGGCGGCCCAAACCUUCCCAGAGCCCCAUCGACAAGAUCAGCGCCCAGGAAGGGUUUGAUCCCACCCGGUUUGCAGGGAAGUGGUUCCUGGUGGGAGUGGCCUCUGAUUGCCUUUACCUGCGUGAAAACGGCUACCAGGUGGAGGCCACCAACGUGGUUGUGUCGGUGAGGGACAGGGACUCGCUGCACUUUAGCACCUUCCGGCCUCUGGAGGGGAUUUGCUGGAACAUCAAGCAGAACUAUUUUGCUGGCAAGGCCCCGGGCCGCUUCCUCCUGAAAGGCCGCGCUGCCCCUGUGGACGUGGUGGUGGGAGAGACGGACUAUAGCAGCCACGCCAUCCUCUACUUCCAAAAGAACCGCAAGAUCUCAGCCAAGCUUUACGGGUUUUGCAGCUCGGCCGACCAAUUCCACAUCCUUGACGAAACGAAAUUCACAGGAUAGAAGGAAUCAACGCGCGAUCCCUCCAACAGCCUCUGUGGACAACAAAGGAGGGCUGAAAUCGCCCAAGUUUUCCCUUCCAUUUGUUCCCGUGAAAAUAAAAUGAGAAAACCCAG